CCUUGAGUAGUGCUUGGCUGUGUUCCUCCUGAGUGCUCCCUAGGAAAGCGACGAUGAUCACAUUCAUGAACAACUCGGACAGCGAGGAGGAGCCCUGCAAUGAGAGAACAUCGCUGAUGUCUGCAGAGAGCCCUUCAGUACCCUCCUACCAGGAUGGCCUGCAAGCUUCAGAAGCAGGGGAAGCGCAGGCACAUAGGAAGAGACGAACAGGUAGCAGCCGUAGCCCUAACAAUAUUGCUGAUGGGGAAAUGUCUGAGUCGGGUGUUCCAGUGAGAGAAAGCACCUUGGAAAAUGAAGAGGAGGAACUGACUCUGAAAUAUGGAGCAAAGCAUGUAAUCAUGCUCUUUGUGCCUGUCACCCUUUGUAUGAUUGUUGUCGUCGCCACCAUAAAGUCAGUGCGCUUCUAUACGGAGAAAAACGGGCAGCUGAUCUAUACCCCUUUCAGUGAGGACACCCCGUCUGUGGGCCAGCGUCUCUUGAACUCGGUGUUGAACACCAUCAUAAUGAUCAGCGUCAUCGUUGUAAUGACUGUGUUCCUAGUUCUGCUCUAUAAAUACCGCUGUUACAAGUUCAUCCAUGGCUGGCUGAUCCUGUCCUCUUUGAUGCUGCUUUUCCUCUUUACCUACAUAUAUCUCGGUGAAGUAUUGAAGACGUACAAUGUGGCCAUGGAUUACCCAACUCUGUUCUUAGUCAUCUGGAAUUUUGGAGCUGUUGGAAUGAUUUGCAUCCACUGGAAAGGUCCCUUGCAGCUUCAGCAAGCGUAUCUCAUUAUGAUCAGUGCUCUAAUGGCACUGGUUUUCAUUAAAUAUCUACCUGAGUGGUCAGCAUGGGUGAUUCUAGGUGCAAUCUCCAUCUAUGAUCUGAUGGCUGUUCUCUGUCCCAAGGGGCCACUGAGAAUGCUGGUAGAAACUGCACAGGAGAGAAAUGAGCCCAUUUUUCCUGCAUUAAUAUAUUCCUCUGCUAUGAUGUGGACAGUUGGAAUGGCAAAGCCAGACACAGCUGCAAGAGGACCAAGUCAGCAGACAUGGGAUGCAGCUGAGGAUGGGAGAGAGAACCACAGGAGCCCUUCACACGGAGACUCUCAGAUGUCGGAGACGAGGAGUCCUGUUCCAACCCGCCCCAUCACCUCUUUAGAGGAGCUCGAGGAGGAGGAAAGGGGUGUGAAGCUGGGGCUUGGAGACUUCAUAUUUUACAGUGUGCUUGUUGGGAAAGCAGCUGCCACAGCUAGUGGAGACUGGAAUACUACGCUGGCCUGCUUUGUAGCCAUUCUCAUAGGUUUAUGCUUAACUCUUUUAUUACUGGCUGUUUUUAAGAAAGCAUUGCCUGCUCUUCCCAUCUCCAUCACCUUUGGCUUGGUCUUUUACUUCUCGACAGACAACCUUGUGCGACCAUUCAUGGACACCCUGGCCUCCCACCAGCUGUAUAUUUAGAAGAAGUGGGAGUUAGAGGAUUCUUUUUAAAGCUUUGCUGUGAUGUAUGGUACACUGUUUGGAAUAAGUCAUAAAGUUUUACACUUAGUGCCAUAUAUUUGUAAGGAAAACACUAACUCUGUGACAUGAUGUGUACUAAAAAAAUCUAAUAGUUACAUGUUGAACUGAGAUUUUUCACAAGACUCUUGGACUCCAGUGAAAAGCCUGGCUCAUUGCUGAUGCCAGAGCAUUACUUUUAUGUUAUUUGAUGUGCACACUGGCUGUUGUGAGUGCAGAAACCUGUAUAUAGCAUGGGACACCGGGGAGGCGAAGGGUCUGAUCUGUGCUUCCAGAAGCUAAGGUGUUUUAGCCCUGGAAUUGCAGUUAAGCUUAACUGUACACUAGAAUUUCUAAUGCUUCACACUUUUGAAGUGUUGUGCAAACAUGCGGUCUAAGUAAGUUGUACUUGUAAUUAGAAAAGUGUAGCAGUCAGCGUGCACAGAACAGAGCAGUGCGUUACACCUGGUUGUGAGUAUUAGAGAAGCGAGGCUGAACUUCAUAAGCUGGCCUCUGUGCACACAGCUUCUGUUGAAAUUGCCCAAAGGCUUAUUUAUUCUGCCCUUAAACGUAGUGAGCCGUGAUGGAUCUAGACAAGAUGUCAGUGGUGGGAUGUUUAAACAUCAGGCUUCUGGUUCUGAGUACAUCCACUGCUGGAGCUAACAGCUGAUGAAGGCAGAGCUGCCCGUUCCAGUGCAUCAGAUCCUCAGCGUGGGAAAAAAAAAUAGUUUUUCCUGUCUCCUUCCAGCAUUUUAUCUUUUUGGAAAUCUUUUUCUGGGUCCAUACUACAAUCUUCAAAUUACCGUAAGGUGGAAAUUACUGCACAACUCCAGUAAAUCAGACCUGUAACUUCUUGUGUGUAUUUCUGGUCUCAUUUCUGUGCAUUGUUGUAACUACUCCAAAGGAGGAUUUACCUUCCCUUUAUGAAGAGGUCUUCUUAGAGUGAUUGAGACUUGGCUUACCUAGGUUUUGGUACUGUUUAAAGAUUAUUUUUUUAUUACAAAUUUUAAAAUAGCUAUUUACUGUCAAAGGGACUCUUUUGGAAAUAACCUGUCAUAGUUUGUAUCAAAAUAUGGGGGUGCAAACUUUAAUCUGCUGUUACAUUACUCUGCAUAAAGCAUCAUUAAUGCUAGGAAUGUUUACACACCCUCAAGUGAGUUCAUUAAAAAAAACAAAAAAACCCAAAAAAACACAGUGCUUGUUGCCAGUAAAAAAUACAGGUCUGACUGAACCUUACUGUUUUCACCACCUUUUGAAAUAAUUUUAUUUCUACUUUGAGAGUCAGUUUUUUAGAAAUAGCAAAGUUCUGUGAUUUUUUUUUUCUUUUCUUUUGACUUGAGUGUCUAUUAUGUCUGUUUUCUUUGACAGCUGAUCAAUGUCAGUGUUUCAAAAUGUAACAUUAUGCAAGGUUUUGUGAAUAAUGCAAUGUCAUUGAGAGAUGCAGAAUUUCAUCUCUGAAGAUACUUUUUAGAUAAGGCUUUGAACUACGCAUUUUUAAGGUAGGGCUUUUUCCAAUAGACUUGUUCAAGCUAAUCUACUUUGGUAUUUAACAAGGACAUCACACAGGUGAUUCAAACAAAUUUUUAAAAAGCGUGUAAGGGUUUUUACGAGUUGUGUGUGUCUCAGUUUGGACAAGUAAGUAAUUCUUGCUUGUUUAGUUUUCUGUCCACAUUUCUUACAUUUGCAAUGUUUGGACUUAGCUGCAGACAGUUAAUUAUUACUAAAAGGUAUUUCCUUUGGAAAUGUAAAUCACUAGAGCUCUGCUGAUUUUUAAGGUUUAUGUGAGAGUUCAUUUUUAUUUUUGUUUGUUGUUUUGUUUCAGGUUUUUGGGUUUGUUUUUUUUAUAAACUAAAACAGUUACGGGGCCAAAUCAGAAUACAAUCAGUUGCAAACUUGAUUUUACUUUCUGCAUUGCAUGGUGUAGAGAGAAUGUGAAAUAUUUAUAUGUACCAGAAGAAAAAUUCUGCUUGGCUUAACACGGUUGUGGCAUUUUGUUAGAAACAAUUUAUUGCUAUGAAAGCAGAGUUGAUAUUUGAAGGAAACUGGGGGGGGGCGUACUUUCAAAUGUUGAAGGAUCACUACUGCAGCUGGUGGUUUUCUGCAGAUUUGUGCUUGCCAAAGAUUGGCCUUCCACUGAGCAGUUCUGCAUAACUUACAAAAAUUGUAAUUUAAAAGGUAACUGAGUAACAGAUUCUGUCAGUGCAACAAAAUGUAUUGUUCUGGUGAGUGAUAGGAGUAUAUCACAUAUAUAUUGGAGUGGUUUUAAUUGUGUAAAAGUUCAUAUGUAUUUACUAAAAUAUAUAUAUAUUCACUGUGUGUGUUUAUGCGUGUGUAUAUAUACGCACAUACACACAAGUUUUAAAAUGA